UGUCACUUUUUGGGUGUACUUGACUGUGUGGUUCAACCAGCAUGAGUUUUAGACUACAACCGUGAAGCCUCUGAAACUUCCAGCGCAGCCUGUUGCUCGGACACAUUUGAAGCAGGCAGCAUGUCGUGGCUCUUCGGCUGGUGGAAGGGCUCCGGGUCGCCGCCGGUGGAGGAGCAGACACCGGCUGCUCCUGCUGAAGGUGGUGGGAGAGCACCGGGGGGUUCAGGGGGAGACAAACAAGUGGAUAAGUGGAGUAACUUUGACCCGACUGGGCUGGAGAGAGCUGCGAGAGCUGCAAGGGAACUCGACAAAUCACGACAUGCCAAAGAAGCUCUGGAUCUGGCUCGUAUGCAGGAGCAGACGACACAGCUGGAGCAUCAGAGUAAAGUGAAAGAAUAUGAGGCGGGUUUGGAGCAGCUGAAAGGUGAGCAGAUCCAGCUCCAGGGUGAGGAGAGGCGGAAAACACUUGCAGAGGAGACAAAGCAAAACCAGGCAAGGGCACAAUAUCAAGACAAACUUGCCAGACAGAGGUAUGAUGAUCAGCUCCGGCAACAGAAAUUCCUCAAUGAGGAGAACCUUCGCAAACAAGAGGAAUCGGUUAUGAAGCAAGAGGCCAUGAGAAAAGCUACUGUUGAACAUGAAAUGGACCUGAGACACAAGAAUGACCUGCUUCGCAUUGAAGCGGAGGCCAAAGCCCGUGCCCAGGUGGAGCGGGAGAACGCAGACCUGAUCAGGGAACAGAUCCGCCUGAAAGCUGCUGAACACAGACAAACUGUCCUUGAAUCUAUAAAGACGGCAGGAGCGGUGUUUGGGGAGGGAUUCAGAGCCUUCAUCUCGGACUGGGACAAACUCACAGCCACGGUAGCUGGAUUGACCCUUUUGGCCGCAGGUGUGUAUUCCGCUAGAAACGCUACUGCAGUGGCCGGACGUUACAUCGAGUCUCGUCUGGGCAAACCCUCACUGGUCCGAGAGACCUCCAGGUUAACUGUUGCAGAGGCCAUCAAACACCCAAUCAAGACAACCAAACGUCUAAGAAGCAGACCGCAGGAUGCCUUAGAGGGAGUGGUGCUCAGCGCUGCUUUGGAGGAACGAGUUAGGGACAUUGCCAUCGCCACUUGUAACACCAGGCAGAAUAGAGGUUUGUACAGAAACAUCCUCAUGUAUGGACCCCCUGGAACCGGAAAGACACUCUUCGCAAAGAAACUGGCUCUCCAUUCAGGGAUGGACUAUGCCAUAAUGACAGGUGGGGACAUAGCACCCAUGGGGCGAGAUGGAGUCACUGCCAUGCACAAGGUGUUUGACUGGGCCAGCACCAGUGGUAGAGGCCUCUUGCUAUUCGUGGAUGAAGCUGAUGCCUUCCUGCGUAAGCGUUCCACAGAGAAAAUCAGUGAGGACCUCAGAGCCACCCUCAACGCAUUCUUAUACCGCACUGGGGAGCAGAGCAACAAGUUCAUGUUGGUGCUUGCUAGUAACCAGCCAGAACAGUUCGACUGGGCCAUUAAUGACCGCAUUGAUGAGAUUGUAAACUUCGCCUUACCAAGUCUGGAGGAAAGAGAAAGAUUGGUGCGCCUGUAUUUUGACAAAUUUGUGCUGGGACCUGCAACUACAGGGAGACAGAGAUUAAAGUUGUCUCAGUUCGACUAUGGCCAGAAGUGUUCAGACAUUGCAGAGAGAGCAGAAGGCAUGUCUGGUCGUGAAAUCUCCAAACUUGGUGUUGCCUGGCAGGCUGCCGCAUACUCUUCUGAAGAUGGAGUUUUGACCGAAGCAAUGAUUGACUCAAGAGUUGAUGACGCCAUCAAGCAGCAUGCACAGAAAAUGGACUGGCUGCUGAUGGAAGCAGGUGUGGGGGUUGGCAAGGUCGGUGUACUCCUCCCAAAGGAAAUGCCUGCGGGAAUCACAGCUCAGGAUACUGCUUCAAUUGGACAAACUGAAGAUACAUCCCCCACUAUACAACAAAUCCUUCCACUCCUUGAGGUUGAGAGCAACUCUGCCCAGACAGAAGCAGCCAUUUUACCUUCAGAAGUAGAGGCAGAGGUUAUCCUCAAAGAGGCAACCACUUUGGUUAAAGAAAGUGAAGUUGCUGCUGGGACAGCUGUAGGAACAGAGGAAACCAUUGUUGAGACAGCUACCGCUGUCCCGUUGGUGCAGGAGGUUGAGUCCAUUAAGGACCUGACUGAGGAGGUUUUUGGCACAGCUGUAGCUACAGAGACUAUGGUUGCUGAGGUGAAGGAAAUAGUCACUGAUCUUAAAGAGGCUGAGGGUAUACCAGCUUCCAUUGUCCAAGAAACUGUUGCUGAGACUACUGAUGUAGCUGUGCAAGAGACUGAGGCCACAGACGUAGUCAAGGAGGACAAGGAUGUUGUAGCACCCUUGGAAACAACAAUCUCUGCUAUUGCUCAGGAGAAUAAAUUAGAUGCUGUUGUCUGUAAUGCUGUCCAGGAGCCAGAGGCUACAGUAGUCGGACUGUCCCAGGAGAUGGUUGUCCAGGAAUCUGAGUCAGCAGCCACGUCUGUUGAUAGUGUAGAAACUGGAGCCACUAAGGCUUUCGAGGAAGUUGCAACUGAUGCUGCAAAGGUUGCAGAGGAAAUUGUACACAAUGUAGCUCAAGCGACUGAGUCCUUGACAAACAUUGUAAAAGAAGUUGAAGUAAUAGCAACUGACGUGGCCAUGGUGGCUGAUACUGUAGCAACCAUCACUAAGGAAAUUGAGGCAGUAGUAGUCAAGGAGGUUGAAGCGGUGGAAAGUGAUGUUGUCAAGGAUGCAAAUGAGGUUAUGGUUGAAACUGAGUCUCAAACAUCAGCGGUUGAAAUGGUAAUGACAGAGUUGGUCAAGAAGUCUGAGAGUAUUGCUAUAGAGGUUGUUAAAGAGGUCGAACCUGCAGUGACUGAGAUCACUACCAUGGAAGCUGAAGCCAUCCCAACAGAGUUUGCCGUAGAAACUGAGGCCACAGCUUCGGAGGAACCCAAGAAGCCUCAUACUACUGCCAUUGAGUUUACCUCUGAGGAUCAGACCCUAGCUACAGAAAUUGUGAAAGAUCCUUUAUCUACAGAGAUUCCUGUCAGGGAAGCUGAAGUCACUCCAGCAGAGGUUUUGAAGGAUGCAGAGGUCCUAACAACCAAGGAGGCUGAAAUGAUGGAAAGUGUUAUUGUCAAGGACACAAAUGAGGUUGCAGUGGAAACUGAGUCUCAAACAUCAGAGGUUGCUAAAGAGGUUGAAGUGGUAGUAACAGAUGUGGUCAAGGAGUCAGAGAGUAUUGCUACAGAGGUCUUUAAAGAGGUCGAACCUGCAAUGACUGAGACAGCUACUAAGGAAGCUGAAGCCAUCCCAACAGAGGUUGCUGUUGAAACUGAGGCCACCAUUUCAGGGGAACCCAAGAAAGUUCAAAUUACCACCUCUGAAUUUACCACAGAGGCUCAGGCUCUGGCUACAGAGAUUGUGAAAGACCCAUCAUCUACAGAGAUUCUGGUCAAGGAAGCAGAAAGCCUAACAAGCAAGGAGGCUGAAGUGACGGAAAGGGAUGUUGUCAAAGACACAACUGAGGUUGUAGUGGAAACCGAAGAGGCUCAGAUCUUGGCUACAGAGAUUGCUGCCAAGGAAGUGGAACUCACCCUAGAAGAGAUUUCGAAGGAAACUGAAGUCCUAACGACCAAGGAGACUGAAGCAAUGGAAAGUGAUGUUGUCAAGGAUGUAAAUGAAGCUGUAGUGGAAACUGAGUCUCAAACAUCAGAGGUUAGUAAAGAGAUUGAAGUGGUAAUGACUGAUGUGGUCAAGGAGUCCAAGAGUAUUGCUUCAGAGGUGGUUCAGGAUGUCGAACCUGCAACGACUGGGACUGGUGCCAAGGAAGCUGAAGCCAUCCCAACAGAGUUUGUCAUUGAAACUGAAGCCACAACUUCAGAGGAACCUAAGGAGCCUCAGACUACUGACAUUGAGUUUACCUUGGAGGCAGAGAUUGUGAAAGACCCUUUAACUACAGAGACUGGUACCAAGGAAGCUGAAGUCACUCCAACAGAGGUUUCCAAGGAAGUAGAAAUCUUACAAACCAAGGCAGCUGAUCCUGUGGCCUCAGAAGAUGUGAAACUGCCAGAGGCUACUGAAGUUGGUGCUAAGGAGGCUGAAGCUGAAACAAUAAAGGCUGCAGAGGAGGUAGUAGUAACUGAGUUCACAGAUGACACAACCUCAGCAGCUGUCCCCAACCUAGAAACCAAGGUUGAUACAGAGAUUGUUGGGUCAGAACAGUCUGAGAAACUUGAGAUUCCAACCACAGAGGAGUCCGCUGCUUCUCAGACUUCCAGCACUGAAGAUCCAGAACCUAGUAAGGCUGAGAAACCUCUUUCAAACAAACAGACCAGAGAUGAUGACAAACCACCAGCCAAGUCUAGUCCCACAAAAUGACCACUUGGAAUCUUUGAUGAAAUGCUAUUGUGAAUGAAGAGAUGUAAUUUUUACUUGAGCCUUAAGUCUGAAACAUUAACUCAGUAACUGUAGUUUUGCAGGAGUCUGAAUAAAAGGAUUGGUGAAUCACUGGCAUUGUCA